AAACAAAGUGCCGCGCGCGCCGGACUCCUCGGGUUGAGGACACUUCCGCCUCCUCGGCCGGUUUGAUGUCGGGAGCUGCGGUGUCUCAUUCCUGUCUCAAUAUUGACCUUCUUUUCAGAACAUCUCCCUGAGCAACAGGAGUGGAGCUGCAGAAUGAAGCAAGAGGAGCCACAGCCCCUCCAAAUUAAAGUGGAAGACAAGGCGCCACACUUUGAAAAUGAAAAGGAGGACCCACUGAUUCCGUACAUUAAAAAGGAAGAGGAGGACCCACCGAACCCCCGUUUUAAAGAAGAGGAGGAGGAACACAGCAUCAGUCAGCAGGGAGAGCAUCUUGAAGGACUGGAGGAGGUUGAUGUCACCAAGAUGCCAGUGACUGGUGUCCCUGUGAAGAGUGAAGAUGAUGAGGUCAAAGGUGAGAGUGAGGAGAAGAGAGAGGCGGAGCCUCCAAGCAGCAGCUCAACUCAACACAUGACAACAGAAGCUGAUGGAGACCACUGUGGAGGAUCACAAGCAGACAAGCUCUUAGCUCCACUAUCAGAUAGUGAGGACACAACGUCACACUCUCCUGACACUGAUGAUGAAGACUCUAAAGAUGAUAAGACAUGUCACACUGACAACACACGCCUGACGUGUUCUCACUGCGACAAAAGCUUUAGUUACUAUUGUCGUCUGAAAACACACAUGAGAAUGCACACUGGAGAAAAACCUUUUCCCUGCUCAGUGUGUGGUAAAGAUUUUGCACGAAAAGACGUGUUGAAAGAACACAUGAGAACUCACACUGGCGAAAAACCUUUUACCUGCUCAAUCUGCGCUAAAGGUUUUGUAACAAGUACAAAUUUGAAAGUACACAUGAGAAUGCACACCAGGGAAACACCCUUUUCUUGUUCAAUGUGUGGCAGAGGUUUUGUAACAAGUACAAAUUUAAAAGUACACAUGAGAAUGCACAUUGGUGAAAAACCUUUUACCUGUUCAAUCUGCGGCAAGGAUUUUGUACGAAGUCAAUAUUUGAAAGUACAUAUGAGGAUACACACCGGUGCAAAACCUUUUUCUUGUUCAAUCUGUGCUAAGGAUUUUGUACAAAGUCAAUAUUUGAAAGUACACAUGAGAAUACACACUGGCGCAAAACCUUUCACAUGUUCAAUCUGUGGGAAAGGUUUUACACAAAGUCAAUGUUUGAAAAAACACAUAAGAGUACACACAGGACAGAAAGUGUUGAGUUGCAGUGUGUGUGGUGAAAGAUUCUCCUAUAAGUACCAGUGUAAGAAACACAAGUGUGCUGGUGAGAACAGCAGCAGCAAAUGAAGAUGCAGGAUUUGAAAUAAACUGUCAAAACUUUAACUUUGACUUUCUAACAACAUCAGCACAUAUAACAUGUGUAACACAAUUUUCUUAAUAUGAUUCUACCAUGUAUAGAAUCGAUAUUUUAGAUUUGUGCUGUUUUCAGUCAAGUACAUGCAUUCAACAUUGUGUAUUUUUAAUAUAAAAAAAAUAACCAAAGAAUUUGACUGAAAAGGUGAGAGUAAAUGGUACAAAAUAUACAAUAAACAUGUGAGAGGUGUAUAGAUAUUCACAAUUCACUUUUAUACUUAUUUAUAGUAGUGGUUUUAUAUACGUUUUGUAAAUAAUGAAGUGUUAAUUUUUUUUUCCAUUUCUAAUGAUUGCAUGGAUGAAUGACAUACAUGUGUUCAUACCUUUGCUUUUGAGUACACAUGAAUCCCUCUUAGUUCAUAUUUACUGGUUCACAUCUGAAACAUCCACUUCUGGAAGCAUAUUAUUAUUUACAUUAUACAUCAUUUGAGCUGGUGGGGGUCUUGGCAACAGGGACAGCGGGCCUGGGCUACUUCCCCAAGAGCCAAGUCAGCGGGGCAAAGAGAGACGCAAUCUACUCCAGGAAGAGGUCCGAGCAGGGUUGGAGGAAGAGCGAGUGGGCAGGGCAGUGGGACUCCGGCAGCAGGGAAAAUGGAAUAGGUGGGAGAGCACGGUGCAACGCAAAGUAAUCUGGUCAAACAUCAGGCAGGCAGACUCCCACUGCGCCUGGUUUCUAGUGCAGGUAGUCUCGAGGCAUUCACUGACCCUGCAAACCAUGAUGUGUGGGGAAAGAGCGAGACACUUUCCUGUCCUCUUUGCUGUGGUAGGGCCACCUUAGAGGAUCUCAUCAACAGCUUCCCAAAGGUUCCCUAUGGUCAAUCUAGUGAAAGACACUGCUGUUUCGAAAUGUCUCCAGUGGAUGUCGCAUGCCAUGACCUGGUAGUCAAAGCAGUUUCUGAGAGCAUAGCCUCAGCCAUCAGCACCAGCAAACACCAUCAUGCUCCAAAGACGGCAAUCGUCCUUAUGAAAGCUGGAGAGAGACCCUGGGCAUGUCCACAGACAACAACAGGCCUCCUCCACAGAGCCCCUGAUUGGCAGCUGCACGUUGACUUGGGAAAACGGUUGAGGUUCCCCUAGCACAGCGUUUCUCAAAGUGUGGGGCGCGCCCCACUGGUGGGGAAUAGAGACAUGACAGGUGGGGCGCGAGGAACGGGAGGGAAUUUCACUUUAAUU